AUGAGCGGCCCCUACGACCAUGGCAUGAACAUGCCAAUGCCUAAUAUAAUGGAGGCCACCUACCCGAUCUACGAUGGCACAUUCGGUGCGGCUUAUCCCAGGAUAGCGGGUCCUCCCACCCAUUUUGAUGGUGUAGCGUUCUGGUACAAUCCAACGGCGACAGAACAGCUCUACGACAGGGAAGCAAGUUUGUUCAACGCUCGGGGUGUCGCCAUACCGGUCGCUGGCAUGGAGUCUUCAGGUGUCAAGCACCGUCGGACUCGGAGUGGCUGCUUCACAUGCCGCGGCCGGAGGGUAAAGUGUGAUGAAACCCGGCCCAUAUGUGACAGGUGCAAGAAAGGCGGCCGCGAGUGCGAGUUUCCACGACCCACAUCGUCAUCAAAACGCACCAAGCACGGAGAGAGUCGCAGCGCUAGAGAACAGCAUGGAAAGCAUUCUGUCAAAGAAGAAAACAUGACUGACUUGCCCACGAUAAAAGACGAGAGUGAGGAAGAAGCCGAAGCUGCAUACUCACCCACAACGCGGCGACCGGUCGCCCCCAUACGAAGCGACAGCGGCCACUCCAUAUCUCAAAGCACGAAAUCGAAGAACAUGUCUGAGACAUCCUCUAAUUUCAAGGACCAAACCAGUCCACAAUCGAGCGAGACAUCGGAAAAUCGUUCCAGAGACGACACGCCAGCUUCGUCUCUGGGUACACAUGCGAAGUCGGCGGAGAUGCAGGCGCGACAAGCCAAAAUCAAGAGCCUGAAGCCGGAUCUCCAGCGGUACCUCCAGUUCCAGCAAGAGUACAUGACUUAUUAUCACUACUUUUAUAAACUCGACCCGACAGACUUUGUCCACAGCGAGUUCAUCGAUUUGGCGCUGUCCUACGAGCCACUUCUCUAUGCAGCCGUGGGAUUCGCCGCCUAUCACUACGAAUUGCAGCAGCCCAAUCCAAGACUAUCGCACUUCCUUGGCUACCACAGCAAAUCUCUGUCGAUGCUCAGGAGAUCAUUGGAGAAGAGUGCCAAGGUCAGGGAAGCCACCCUGCUGACGGUCCUACAAUUGGCAAUUUUCGAAGAGUACAUCGGCGAUUGGGUCAAUCUGGUUGGACACCAUCGCGCGGCCCUGACAAUGGUCCACGAAAUCUUCACGCCGGCGGCGAUGAUGGAGACGGACCUUGGACGAAGGAUAUUCAGCUGGAUUGCCCGCCUGGACAUCAUGGUUGGACUUAUGGCUGGCAACAAAACUCGGCUGGAGCGCAAAUGGUUUGAGGCGAACGCGGCGUGGUACGGUAGCCAGGUAGAUCCCGAUCCCGAGAGCGAUGUCGACAUCGAAAAUACGCUGGCUUAUUUUGUGUCGGCGAAUCGACUGAUUGGCAUGGACAUGGCGGCAUUAUUUGCCCGAUUUGCCAACCGAGAACUCAGUGUCGAAGAAUUCCACCGAGAGAAUACGGAGAUCAGCGGAAGGGUGGACAGCAUGAAACGUCAAAUCGAACUGUUCAACGAUGACUACUAUCGGGUCCAAGAAUUUCCUGUCGAGAAAAGGCGACCCCUGACCGCGGAGGACAUUGUCAAUCCUUAUGUGCCCGGAGGUCUUUUCAAGGAGGAGCUCUGGCCACUGAAUUUCAUGUGGAUCGAUUGGUACAGCAUUGAGCAGCUGCAAAGAUAUCAGACGGCAGUGAUGCUCCAGAAGCCUGUGCCGCCCGAGGUGGAGCAAAUCAGUCUCGAACAAUGCCGCAUCUACGAAGCCAUGGAACGGUGGCCAGAUGCCCCAAACGGAGCGAUCCUAGGCGCGCACGCGCCUCUGGGUCUCGCGACGGUGUUUCUGAAGAAGGAUGCCAGGCACAUCAUGUGGGCGCGCCGGAAAUUUGCGGCCGUAGAACGACAGGGCUACAUAUUCCCACCCUCGUUCCGACAGAGAAUGGCGGAAAUGUGGGGCUUGACACGCGAAGCAGUCGGGGAGAAUGAAGCGGUCGAGAAUUGGUGGUUGCCCAAUGAUGAGGGAAACAUCGCCAUGCUAAAGGAGAUCCGCAGGGUCGUGAAAGAGCGGCACGAGAACGAUGCAACACCAGGCGUGGAGUCUAUUGCCGAUGUGAGGGAUCUGAAGGCCAUCUUUGAGAAGCUGGAUAUUCGAACGCAAUCGGUCAAGGGAGCAGGUGUCGCUGACGACCACAGCCCGUUGAGCGAGACCAGCGGAGCAGCCAGCGAUCGAGGGAGCAAUGCGAGCUUCAGUCCAACGAGCAUCAGCUUCGGCGAUACCCUCAAGGCCAGUGUCUCUGGAGACGCAAAGGCACAGACCAGAAGAGCCAGAAGAUCAGGUUCGACUUCAUGA